CACGGCCCGUGCGAAGAAGGGUCUCGGCCCGCGGCCCCGCUCUGCCCCGCGCCUCCGGCCGCCGAGUGCGGGCGCCGGGCGGUGGCCUGGGCGACGCUGGGGCGCGGCCGUGGUGAGGCCAUUUACCGGGUGCCCGAUUCCUACACGAUGAAGAGGCGGUUGGACGGGCAGACACUUUCCAAGAUGGAUCAAUUGGGAUUACGAUUAGGAAUGUGGUACUGGAAAGAUGAAACCAGAAGUCUUGAAUUCAGAAGAUAUGUCACAGGAUUCUGUUCAGUAGCUCUGAAACAUGACACUCGUUUUACACCUGCAGUAGAACUCAAGGAAAAAGGAAAGAAAGGCAAAGCAGUUCACUUUGCUGAAACUGAUGGUCCAGCUGCAGACAGGUUCACAGAUAAAAGGCUUGCUGCAAGAGAUGAUAAGUCAACUAAAUCUCUAGAAAAACGAGGUCUGCAUGGCAACGUUACGCUAGAUGAUGUUAAGUUCGUUGCUUUGCUUUUGCUACAAGAUACUGAGAUGCAGCGGAUCUGUUCUUUUGCAACAUUUAUGAGGAACAAGCAUCUUGAUAAUUUCCUCAUGGCAUUAUUGUACUAUUUAUCUCAUUACUUGGAAAAAAACUCAUUGGAAAAGAAACCCCAAAGCUAUAUGGUGGGCCUUGUAGAGAAAAAAGAGAUGGAAUUGGUCUUAAGUAAACUAGAAGCCGCACAGAAAUACUUGGCGCAGAAGUACUGUGUCCUCGUGCUGGGCUUGGGCAUGCCCGAUAAGCAUCACAUGUGCUGUGGAAAGCUCAGGUGGGAAUCCAUCCCAGACACCUGUGAUGUCUCCUUUGAGCACACCAAGGAGAAAAUAUCAGAUACACAGAAGGACUGGAAGUUCUUUGAGUCGUUUUACACUUUCUGCACAUAUGUGGCUUGGAUUGUCUUCCUACGUCAACACUUCACAGAGAUUGAGGAAGAGAUAGGGAGGCUCUUUCGUACCAAUAUGUUCAACAUUCCCCGAAGGAAGCGUGAAGAUAAAGAAUCUGGAGGGGAGAAGAAACGCAUGACUUUAGUAGAAUUCAGGAGAAUGAUGGCAAAACGCCCUGCGAUUAAAACAGCCAUUAACAUGCGCUCUCCGGUCAUGUCCACUCUGCUGCCAUCUCUCAGAGAAAAAGCUCAGAAUGUCUUUGAGAAAAAGUAUCAUCAUGUAGGCAUCAAACUCCCAGCCCAGAUGCAAGAGGAGGUGGAAAGUCUGUACUCUGUGCCCAUGCCAGUAGUUGGCAUCUUGGGGGAGCCUCGGUGUAUGUUCAACCCCCACACCCUUAUCCCCCUUGAAACAGAAGAAAAUGUGAAACCGUCUGGGAAACAUCCUUCCCUGGUAGAAAGAAAUAACAUGAAGAUUCAGCAUACGCUGGACUUGGUCAUGAAAGCACUGUCCUCUCAAACGUGGCCUAAAUAAUCUGGUACAUUCCAUUUCUGUAAUUAAGUACCUGUAUUUGAAGUAAACUGCUUUGACUUAAUCACUUUAUAUAGCACUAAUAUUUGUUAUUAGUAAGCUUUUAAAAUUGUUCAAAUUAUUUUGUUAAAAGUUCAGCAGUAGACUAUUAAUUCUAGAAAGCUCUUGAGAAGCUCAUUUUCCUAUUUUUAGUAGUUUGCUUUGUUACUUAUUUAUUUUAUUGAUUCUGUGUGACUACUGAGGGUAAUGUAUUAGAACAUUGAGCCGGUGUUCUAGUGUACUAGUGAAGAAACAUUCUGUUAUUCAUUUCUAAGUUGAUUUUUGCCUUAUGAGAAGAGCUUCUUCGGUAUACAUGGAAACAGAAUUUCAUAGUCAAAAGGGCAAUUUAAGACUUUUUAAUAUUAAAUCUCU